GGUCAACUCAGGGGCAAGCUCAUUUCAUCAAGCUGCGGGAACUUCAACACAGCCCAAGUCAAUCACUGUAAUUCUGCAUCUUGCUCACUAUGCCUGAAGCACCCAAAAAGCGUGGGCGACCUCGAAAGUACGAUACGCCAGAGGAGAAAGCAAGGCAAGAUGUCAUUGCUAAACGCGCCCGACGACGGCUUCGGAACUCCUCGGUGCACGGAGAUAUCCGAUUUCAAGUCUAUGUCCCCCAACCGAUAGAAGCUUUGCCACCUUCAUCCUCGCCGCAAGGUCGCCCAGAGUCAACAAGCUGCCUUGAUGUCCUCGCAAAUACCGCUAGCCGGUCAGAUCGAACUGAGACGCCACUCCCACCAGCCUUGAACCACAUUACAAGCGACACCAUUGUGGCCAGAAAUGGAUUGCGUUCACAAUCAACGGAAGGGGCUGUGUUGGCACCGUCGUGUCUGCAGCAUCUACGCAAUGCGGCAGAGCCACGCAGAACAAUUGAUACAGGCUCAAAUUCGCCUCGCCCGUUAGGAGAGGCGGUGUUGAGCUCGUGCGUGAUGGGAUGAUGCGCAGGCGUAAUCUGGUGAGGGGAGUACAUCCUAGGCCGUGCCAUCGACUUUAGCCCAGCAAUUGAUACGGCGGCUAUGGCUGGGGUGGCUACUGGUAGCAAGCAGUGUGUGACAUGGUGGUCCCCCUAAAGCCCCUAAAGCUGUAGGGGAUAUAGCAGCUAACCUACUGUGGCUGGGUUCUGCACCUUGUACCUCAGGUAGCCGACAAGGAUUGAGGGAUGUGGCGCAUUUAGCGUUGGACAAGACUUUUGAAAAGGCC